AUGAACGAAGUCAUCACGGCGGCUGAUGCAUCGGCCAGAUUCCGAUCAGCCACACCGCAACCUUCCAUUAUCCCUUCCAACAUCCCUCUCAUCUCCGCCUUCCUCGCAUUAGCUAUCGCCCAGUUUCUCAAGCCCUUCACCGUCUGGUUCAAGGAGAGAAGAUGGGAUUCUAGAAGGAUGCUUGGGUCUGGUGGAAUGCCCUCCUCACAUUCAGCAACGGUGACAGCGCUGGCUGUGGCUAUUGCACUGGAGGAAGGAACUGGGGCCCCGAUUUUUGCUGUCGCACUGGUUUUGGCUUGUGUUGUUAUGUAUGACGCUACUGGUGUUAGACUUCAUGCUGGUCGUCAGGCUGAGUUAUUAAAUCAAAUUGUAUGUGAGCUACCUCCGGAACAUCCCGUCUCCAAUUGUAGACCUCUGCGGGAUUCACUUGGCCAUACUCCCAUCCAGGUUCUCGCAGGUUCCGUGCUAGGGUUGGGAGUUGCUUUUCUACUGAGAACUUCCAGUUAG